AUGGGUCUUCGUCAACAUCGUAUACAAAAGGACUAUUACUUGUACACGAAACCGAAUUAUCACAUCGUGCCAUAUCUCAAGAGUAACUGGCUGUUAGCAAAUAUGUAUUGUAACAAGAUUGGUAUGCGUUUGAUUAGCAUUUCAACGAUGGAAGAGCAUGAUGCAAUUCUAAAGGCAAUUCAAAAUGUUGGUCUUAGUGGUGCAAUUUUCUGGACCACCGGAAGGAGAGUUGACCAUACUAUGUAUUGGUUUGCCACUGGCACUAAGCUGAAUUUCACAAAUUGGGGCCAAAAUGAACCAUUUAAUCGGCAUACCAUGCAAGAGUGUAUUGGAAUUCAAGAAUAUGAUAAAUUGACAUGGAUUGAUGUCAAUUGCGAUUACAACCUCAGAAUUAUGUGCGAAGAAGACCGACCCUAA